AUGUGUCUGCUGCUGGGGCCCUCGGGCGUCGGGAAGACGCUGUUGGUGAAAAGGCUGCUGAAGCUGAGCUCCGGGGAUGGAAAGGGCGACCUGGGCGACCCGCCGCCGACGCGGCCCACGGUGGGCACCGACCUGACGGACAUCGUGGUGCCGAGAAGGAUCACCGUUCGGGAGCUGGGGGGCUGCAUGGGACCCAUCUGGCCCAGCUACUACGGAAGUUGCCGUUGUCUCCUGUUCGUGAUGGAUGCCGCUAACCCCACUCAGCUGUCUGCGUCCUGCGUGCAGCUCCUGGGUCUCCUUUCUGCAGAAGGACUCGCAGAAGCAUCGGUCUUGAUACUCUUCAAUAAGAUUGAUCUGCCCUGUUACAUGACUGUGGAGGAGAUGAAGUCCUUGAUGAGGCUCCCAGACAUCAUUGCUUCCGCCAGGCAGAACGUCAGCACGGUGGAGAUCAGCGCCCGCAGGGGCACUGGCUUGCCGGCAGUGCUGCGCUGGCUCCAGGACGCCCACCGAGCCGACGGCUGACCCGCUGCCAGGAGUAGCGCCACUGGCUGGCCCUGGGGAGGAGGCUGAGAACAGCUCUGCUUGGCCUCCCGCAAUCUGUUCUUACAGGGACAGGAUGGCCCCACAGAAGCCUAGGGGAUGGACUUCUGGCCCGAGUUGCAGUGCUGUGUAAACGGAGGAACCCCGGUUCCAGAAACUCUAGACAGCUGGCCUCUGAAAGAGAUCGUCCCCAGGGCUGGAAGGCGGACAGGGUGUCCUAUGCCCGUGCUGGGCUGACGCUACUGGGGUGGAUUCCCUUUCCCAGAGGUGUCUGGACUGCACAGCCCCACAAACACGGUCUCUUAAUGUGGUACAGGCUGUACCUGCUGAGUCUGUGACAGGCUGACAACACGGCCCCACUGUACGAGGCAGUCGUCAGGAAGGUCUGAGCGCGGUCAGGAUGAGAACGGUGUUUCACUGGUUCCUCUGCUCAGUGCACGGUCGGCCGUCGCGGAGGAGGGCGCAGUGGUCCUGCAGGCACGGCAGAACACGAAGGCGGAAGAGGAGGAUCCAGAGACAGGGAGAGAGGCUAUACCGUACCUCACACCUUCCACCCGUUGGCUUCACCACGUAUGUGAGUUUGUCUUAAACAUCCAAAAGCAAGAGCCAGCCCAGUAAUGCACAGUUCAAACCGGGGCCAGUGUGCACCCUCUCCUCUCACUUUCUCUGCCUCUUUCUGUCGCUAUGUCUUCGGCGGUCAUAUAACCCCCAAAGAAAAGCAUGAGGAUUACAAAGAAAUUAUAAAACUUGUAUUUGGGAAGACAAAUGUAUAUACACGAAACACCAACAUGCCGGACUCCCUUCCCCCAAAUGACCCAACUGUUAUCUCUGGCACAGGCUGACAGGUGGGCACCCAACCUGGCCUCUGGGUGAGGGGUUGGAAAGGUGAGCUGUUCCGGGGCAGGUGGGGGGGUGGUGUCUGAUCAAGUCCCUCCUUAACCUCCAGAAAACAUCCACUUCUCUCCCCCAGUUUCUGCACUCCCGUCCAAGAAACGGCCGUUUCUCACUUGCAAGACCUGACCUACCCUGUCCGCUCCCUCAAACCGUUACACAGGGAUCUUUUCUCAAAGUCAGUCUGAACCCACCAUCCUUUCUGAUGGAGCUCCAUGGCUUGGGAGGGGAACCAACAAUGCUCACAGGAGGCCCUGAAACCACACUGCAUCUGCCAACCCCUCGGUGGCCCCGGUGACACCAGGCUUGGUCAGCACUCCACAGCUCCCGC